AUGGGGCUAACUUUUUCUACGUUCGUACGGAAGUUAUUUGGCAGGAAGCAACUUCGAAUAUUAAUCGUCGGACUGGGCUCUGCAGGCAAAACUACUAUUUUGUACCGGAUGAAAAUGGGAGAAGAUGUUACUCCCAUGCCAACUCUCGGAUUCAAUGUGGAAACAGUUGAGUAUAAAAACAUCUGUUUUAUUGUGUGGGAUGUCGGCGGGCAGGACAAGGUGAGAAGGCUGUGGCAGCAGUACUACGCGAACACGUUCGCCAUUAUUUUCGUCGUUGACUCGACCGACAAGGAGCGGAUGCCCCUCGCCUCGUCCAUUCUGCACAGCCUGCUAGACGAGGAGGAGCUGUCGGACGCCUUGGUGCUGGUGUACGCCAACAAGCAGGACCUUCCACACGCCCUCUCGGUCGUGGCCGUCAAGGACAUGCUGCGGUUGGAUAGUGUCCAGCACAGGAAGUGGUACAUCCAGGGGACUUGCGCCGUUACCGGAAGCGGACUGUAUGAAGGUCUGGACUGGCUUGCAGACCACAUUUCCAACAAGUAA